UCUACCGGGGAUUGAGUAUGAAAUACGGAUAAUGGCCUCCUGAGCAAGUCUCACUUUGUUUAUGUCGCGCUACGGACAGCUGCGUGAUCAUCUGUUUUAUGAAGCGGAUACUCACGCCGGCACGCAUUGUUCUCGUUUUAAUAGCUCACCCACUUAGUCCGUACCAAGCUGAGGCGGUUUCACGGGAAGGAUGAGUCGUUUUAUUGAAUGAAACCGCCUGCUGCCGUCAGGAGGAUGAGCGCCGUCAACGUCCUGGACAUCGCGGUCUCCACUUCGGUCAGCAACUCCGGAGCUGCAUCGUCCCGGGCCUUGCACGUUGAACUCACGUCGCAGCAGAGACGCCUACGCCACCUGAGGAGCAUCGCUGCCCGAAACAUCGUCAACAAGAACGGCUCUCCGCUGCUCGACACCUUCUUCACCUUGCAUCUCUGCCAAGAGGACAGAAUAUCUCGAGGAUUUUACAAGAGUGAGGUCAUUAGAGACUCCUUGAACCCCACAUGGAGAAGCCUGGACUUCGGCAUGCUUCCCGACCUCCUAGACACGUCCGUGUCCUGCUUCGUGGUCCGGAUCUGGGGCGGCCGGGAAGAGCAGCACCAGCUGCUCAUUGAGUGGAAGGUGAACCUGGACGGGCUGCGGUACACGGGCCAGCAGAUCCGGUCCAGGAAUCCAAAUGAGAUUAUCUUUGGAUUAAACGAUGGCUACUAUGCAGCUGACUUUGACAAUAAGGAUCAUUCGGAAAGAAAGAAGAGCAGUUUGCUUCAGGUGGACCAGAGUUCAGUGCGUAACUCUUACAGUGUUUUCUCCUUGCUGAGGCUCCACACCGCUCAGAGGGCCAUCAAGCAGACCCAAGUCACUGUGCAGAGGAUCGGCAAGGAGAUUGAGGAGAAGUUGAGGACGACGGCGGCUUGCACUGAGCGGAAGAAGGAGCGGGAGUGCAUGCAGCUGCGGAUCAGCGUCCUGCGCAGCGAGUUGGAGCGGCAGAGAAAGGCCCUGGGUCGAGAGAUGGAUGUGCGGCAGAAGGAGAAGACGCAGCUUCAGAGGAAAGAGGAGGCGUUCUCCAGCAAGCGUCAGAGUUUGGAGAUGGAGAAGGACUCAUUAAAAGAGCAACAGAAAGAAUGUACCUCCAAAAGAGAGCUGUUCUUGAAGACCAACGCCCAGCUCACGUUCCGAUGUCGUCAACUGUUGUCGGAACUGUCCUACAUAUAUCCCAUCGAUGUGAACAGUCAGAGCGAUUUUGUCAUCUGCGGGGUCAAGCUGCCGAACUCGGAAGACUUUCAAGCAAAGGAUGAUGGCAGUGUAGCGGUUGCCCUUGGAUACACGGCACACCUGGUCCUGAUGAUUUCGUGCUUCCUGCAGAUUCCACUCAGGUAUCCAGUGAUCCACAAGGGAUCUCGCUCAUCCAUAAAGGAUACCAUCACUGACAAGCUGACGGAGAAGGAGAGAGAGUUUCCUCUGUAUCCGAGAGGAGAGCGUUUUCAGUUUGAGUACGGCGUCUACCUUCUCAACAAGAAUAUUGCACAGUUAAGGUACCAACAUGGCCUCUCCACCCCAGACCUGCGGCAGACCCUGCCCAACCUGAAGAACUUCCUGGAACAUGGGCUGCUCGUCCGCUGCGACCGGCACGGUGUCUCCGGCUCCAUUCCCGUUCCAUCAAAAUCGCAGCUCAGCCCCACGAUGGCAUCCGAGCUGGGCCACCCAAAUAGAUCCAGCUCCCCGGACCAAGGUGUGCGCAAGCGAGCCAGCUCAGAGGCCGACAAGCAGAAAUACAAGACGCCGCCUGGCGGGUACAGCAGCGCCGGCAGCCAGCCCAUCGCCACAUCGCUGCCCACCGACUCGCCCAGGAACCUGUCCUCCUCCCUGGAUACUAGCAUCGAUCUGUCCAAGGAAAUGGGGACGCUGGAGGACCAGGCAUCGGGUGCCAUGGUGGAGCCUGACCAGGUGGAACCCGCAGAGUCACACUCGGGUGCCGUGAAUGGCGCGGCCAUGCCUCCGCAUGCCCUUGGCGACGGCCUCCCCAUGCCCGCUGAGCUCUGCUGCCCGGUGGAGCGGGCCGAGGAGAUCAUCGGCACCGAGGCUACGGGCUUUGGCGGCGCCGAGCACCCCGAGGAAUACCCCUGCAUCCCCGUGGACCGCGCCGUUGCCGUGGAGUGCGACGAGCAGGUGUUGGGCGAGCUGGACGCCGCCGGCUUCGAGGAAUUCUCCCGCCGCAUCUAUGCACUGAACGAGAACACGUCCAGCUUCCGGAGGCCUCGCAAAAACUCAGACAAGUGAGGUCGGGACCCAGGGGGGUGGGGCAGAGGGGGGGGGGAGAAGCUGUCCUGUUGUCAUUUCUUUGUUUUCCUCUCUAGUGACAUGGAGACAACGGAGAUAUGCGUCGUUUGUUUGUUUGUUUUCCUGUCGUAACGACCGAUUUGCACUUCUCUAAGCAUUUCUAUUAUCCUUUAAAUGAAAUAAAAGAGAGUUGUGGCUGAAGCGUUUCAUGGCCUUCUUUAGCGUGGGUUGAGGUACCUGGGAGGGCGGCACUUGCUUUGCACAGCACUUAGACCAUCGGCGCGACGGGACACCCAUCCUGCUGCUCGUGGUGAUCUGGCGGAGGGUAGCAUGGGGCAUUCCCCCAGGUUCUGUAACUGCCUCAGCGCAGGAGAGGAGGCCAUAUGGAGUGGGAGGGAGAGGGGCAGCACCGAGCCCCCACCCUGCGAGGUGGGUGAGUGAGGGAUGUCGUGCCUUUCCAGAAGUUUCAGAGAAGCUGCGUCUGUUGCCAGCGUCGGUCUCCCUCCCCAGCGGCAUUCAGGGUCAGGGAAACACUGACAAGUGGAAGGAUAAAGAGGGUGUCUGCCAGUGUGCCAUGCGGUAGGCCGGUCUCACCAGAGAGCUGACAUCACGUCCUGUUACCCCCCCAUGCCACCAUUGCUCACACUGAUAACAUGUGUACAUCUAUCUGGCAGUACAAUAACAUACUAACAGCUGACCAAAUGAUAAAAAAGAAAACACGUUUACUGUGAACAACUAGCAUUUAAGCAUUUCCUACCCAUCCUAUUUACUCACAGUUAGUCAUCCUGAUAUCAUUUCCAGCCAUUUAAAUCACUGCAGAGACACAUUUUUUAUUUUUUUCUUUCUCCCCCGAGUCCCUGUGUCACUAUGUUUUGUUUCCAGUUGUCUGGCCAUGUACAGUAUUCAUAAAACAAAGAAUUAUAACUAAUUUAAAUGUGCUGGGCUGAGCUGUGCUACUGAAAAACAAUACAGAUCACCAUCUCGACCAAAUGAAGGUGUUACAUUUUAUGAAACAAUUGUGUAUGUUUAUUUUAAAGAAAAAAAAAUGUAUUUCCCGUGUGUCAGCCUCAUCUUGCAAUAAGGGAGAUUAGCCGAAUGUUCUGAUUGUGUUUUGUUUUCUUUCCUCCUGUGUAACGUUGUGGAUGCUAAUUGGAGACGGAAGUCAUAAUUACUGCUGGAAGCAAGCUCUGAUUGGCUCACAGCCCCAACAUCACCUGGGCCGACUCUAACAUGGUAGCCAGUGAACACAUGCCCUUGACUGAAAUUACAGACCCAUGAACUAUACCCCCGCCCCCCCCCCCCCCCCCCCAUUACAAUUACCAAGAAGUGUGGGUAUCAUGCUGACAUAAUGCAUUGUAUUUAAAAAUAAAUAAGUAAAUAUGGAAAACAAAGCAUUUUACUUUAACUGCAGUGUUUUCUGAUAUUGUUUGAACAAAUGGUUUGAUUGUACAUAUCAUUUUGUAUGGAGGGCCUUUUAUUAUUAAAGACCAUGUUCAAUCGCA